AAGACAACUAGAAACCUUUCUCCCCGCGCGCCACUCGAUUCCUCCUACCGCAAGCAGCAGUCUUCUUCCCACGGAAGAAGAGAAUAGAAAGGAAGAGAAAUUCCUCAUUUUUUUAAAAAUCUUUUCUUUUCCUAUCUUCUUCAACACGAAAAGAGCAAAAGAUGCUGUUCUUCUCAUAUUUCAAGGAACUGGUGGGGAAGGAAGUGACAGUGGAGCUGAAGAACGAUCUCGCGAUCCGCGGGACUCUGCAUUCGGUGGACCAAUACCUCAAUAUAAAGCUCGAGAACACCCGGGUCGUCGAUGAACACAAGUACCCUCACAUGAUGUCAGUGAGGAACUGUUUCAUUAGGGGUUCCGUGGUGAGGUAUGUUCAGCUUCCACCAGAUGGUGUGGACAUUGAUAUCCUUCAUGAUGCUACAAGGAGAGAAGCUCGUAACGGCUGAUUGAUUUUGUCACUCCUUUUAGGCUCCCAGAAGAGGAAAAAAAAAAAACAGGAAGAUCACAUGGUAUUUUUCACCCAUGAAUUCCUGUUUUUAGAUGUAUGGAUAUAGGUAGAUGUACUUAUAUAGAUGUUAUUUCUAUGAUGGUUUAGCGUUUUCUGGUAAACUGUUUAAUCGAGAUUUGGGUAUUCUGUAUGGUUUACAUGUUUGGAAGUUUCAGUAUCUAUAACUAUUUGUGGAAUUAACCCCAGAUUGGCAUGAUAAAUUUCAGUAUGAGCAUGCAAAGCUAAGAAGGAAAAUGAAGAUUUCAUUUCUUUUGA